AUGGAGCCUCCUGGGAAUUCGCAAUCCUUGCCUUCGGCAAACACCAAGCUUUCUAAGACCCGUUUGCCUGGGUCCAAUGUUCGCAUUGAACAGUUAAACACCCGCACUAGCAGAGGGCGAUCUCGUUCAAAGCAACCCCGUGUUGCUCCAAACCCAAAAGAUGGUGGGUCUCUUAGUGCUGCUGCUGGACCCUCAACGUCCCAACCUCCGGACGGUAAAGGACAGCAAGGAGGCUACCAGAACAGAAUUAGGACCUCCUCUAAGGGACCAAGUCGGGAGCCAAAACCCGCAAUGCGAUCCUGGGCUGCCAUUACAAGGACAGAUGAGAAAGGUUAUAACCUCUCUUAUGUUCCUCCUUCCACUAUAAAUGGUAAACCAUUGGUAGAAAUUUCUGAUGCUAUCCUUGAGGAUGCCAACCCGAAAUGGAGGGAAUGCCUGGUUGGAUAUUAUGUGGGUAAAAAACUGCCCUUCAAACUAACCGAGGAGUUGGUUAAGAAAAUGUGGGGACCAUACGUUGUAGAUGUUAUGGCUAACGAUGAAGGAUUUUUCUUCUUUCACAUUCCGGAUGAUUCCUUUCGCCGGAGAAUCAUUGAUGGGGGCCCUAUUACUCUUCUUAGGGUACCAAUGAUACUACAACAAUGGCACCCGGGCUUGGAACUUAAACAAGGGCAGCACGAAGCUCUUCCUGUUUGGGUCAGGUUAAGGUCGAUCCCGUAUGCCCUCUGGUCUGCUUCCGGAAUUAGUGCAGUGGCUAGCGCCAUUGGGAAACCUUUAUAUGUUGAUUUGCAGACAGAACAAAUGAAAAGGAUCUCCUUCGCCAGGGUAUGUAUUGAGAUUAAGGCCUCUCAGCCUCUUGCCGACUCAGUUGAUGUCAUGCUUAAUGGAACCUUGCGCCCCAUCAAAGUUGAAUAUGAAUGGAGACCAAAGGCAUGUGAAACCUGUGGCAUUUUUGGCCACAAAUGUGAGCCUACCAGAAAUGUCUCUACUGUGAUCCCGAAGGCUCCUUCCACUGUUAGUGCCGUAGUGGCUCCUCAACAAUCGGAAGAGGGAUGGGUGAAUGUGCAAACAAAGAAGGGUAACUUGAAACACAAGGACCCUCCUCCAUCGAUCCCCAUUCAGACGGACAUGGUGGCGUCACUUUUGACUUCGAAUUUGGAGGAGACGUCCAUAUUGAAUCAUAACGACCUGGAUCGGUCACUCCAGGCCACCCCGGUGGCGUCUUCUGAUUCGGAAAGUGACAAUGAAGUUGCUAGUGAGAUAGGUAGUGAUGAGGAUGUGCCACUCCCUUCCAUUGACCCUCCUCUUUUGCGAGGGAGAGCGUUGCCAGCUCCAAAGAAGGAUCACAGCCCUAUGGUUCGUGAGCCUAGCCCCUCAGUCCAGCAACAUGCGGCUGCCCAAACUAUCCCAGCCCCUGAGAGUAGUCCGUCCACAGAAAAGAAGGCCAUCCCGAAAUCCUCAAAGAAACGGGUUGGCAAGAAAAAGAGGGGUCUAGUUGACCCCCUCAAACAAGCGGAAAUUAGAUCCUUUGUUAGAUCUAAUAACAUCUCUUGCCUUGGUAUUACUGAGACGAAAGUUAAUAUAUCCCUUUUUGAUGAUAUUUCGUCUGGGCUCUUACCUGGUUGGAAGUGGACGUCCAACUAUGAAUCUUCACCUCGUGGUAGGAUUUGGGUAGGUUGGGACACCCGGUUCAUUGAACUUAUGGUUAUAGCCUCCUCUGAUCAAGUCAUUCAUGGCAACCUGCGGCUCUUGCCCAUUAAUAAGUCUUGCAUCUUUUCGGUGGUCUAUGGUGAACACUCUUUUGGUUCCCGACGAGCUCUUUGGGCUGACCUUAUUCAGUCUAGUGCCUCUUUUAGUAAUGUUCCUUGGCUGGUGGCGGGGGACUUCAAUGCCAUUCGUACUCACUCCGACAGAGUUGGCAGCUCAAAUGCUUGGAUCCCGGCUUUUAAUGAGUUUGGUGAUUGCCUUGAUCAAGCAGGCUUGGAUGACCUUCGGUAUGUUGGACACAGAUUUACUUGGUCUACGUCCUCUGGGGAACUCCGUAAACAGAGGAAGAUUGAUCGUGCCCUUGUUAACGAGCAUUGGAGCAGUAUUUUCUCCUUCUCGGAGGCAUCUUUCCUUGCACCCGGAGUCUCGGACCAUACGCCUAUACUCAUCAGGCUUAUGACCCCCCCGAACUCCAAGAAGCCCUUCAAGUUUUUUAACUUCUGGUUGACACACCCGGCUUUCUUGACCAUCACUGCCCAGGCUUGGGAGGCAUGA